AUGAAAAUUUAUUUUAUAAUAGCCGUACUUUCCAUAUUCAUCAAUGCCAAAGAAACUAACGAUGAAGUCAGAAGUUGUAUAAUGUAGUCAUUGUCUUCAACUCUAAAAUGUAAAAAUCAAUAUACAAAAUGCUUUGAUGACAUUGAUUGCAAUAAUUAAUUUGAUGAUCUUUUUAGAAAUUGCAUUAUUCAAGGGGGAAGUUCUAUUUAUGAAAGUCAUUGCGUUAAUAUGGGUUUUAUUUAAAUUAGUAAUGCCUUAUUGUCAGGUAUUUUAAAUGGUAUUAUAUUAUAUUAGAUUUGUUUGAUUGUUUAGUAAGAUAAUGCAAUAUUAUGUAAGGGAAACUAAAUCAUAUAAAAGCGUAAUCUAACAUUUCUGAGUGUUUUUCAGAGGCCCUUUUAGAUUCUUCAAAAUGUUGGACUUAAUCAAAAGAUUGCAAAUAAUCUUGUGAGGAAUAAUUGAACUAUAUUUCUGAUUGUGAAAAUCAUAUAAGCAAGAAUGAUGCUGGUAACACCAGGAAAUGUUUGGAUUCAAAAUCCUUCACUGAUACUAAGGCAAAGGAAAUAAAAUAAUGCCUUAUGCUUUCAUGUUUGUGA